GAAAAGCAAUUUGUCUGGCUGCUACGAACCAUUGCCUCUCUUGUUGCUCCUCCAUCCUCUCGCAAAGGCAUCAUCUGAUACCCUCUCUUCGCCUCUUGUUUUUGGCCUGUUUGCGGCUCUGUCCUGCAUCUUCAGUUUCCAGCUUCAGCUUCUUUCUUUCCCCAGCUAAUCCCUCCAAAUUCCCCCACCAUGCCUGCCGACAUUAACGUUGAUGUCCUCGUCAUUGGCAUGGGACCUACUGGUCUCGGUGCUGCCAAACGCUUGAACCAGAUCGGCGGUCCUUCAUGGUUGAUCGUGGACUCCUCUGACAAGGCCGGUGGUCUUGCCGGAACUGACACCACUCCUGAGGGUUUCCUGUACGACGUUGGUGGCCAUGUCAUCUUUUCCCACUACAAGUACUUCGACGACUGCCUGGACGAGGCUCUCCCCAAGGACGACGACUGGUUUGUCCACGAGCGUGUCUCAUAUGUCCGCUACAAGGGCCUCUGGGUCCCCUACCCCUUCCAGAACAACAUCUCCAUGUUGCCCAAGGAGGACCAGGUCCGGUGUAUGGACGGUCUGAUUGACGCUGCCCUGGAGCACCGCGUUGCCAACACCAAGCCCAAGGACUUUGACGAGUGGAUUCUGAGAAUGCAGGGCCCUGGCCUCGCCGAUAUCUUCAUGCGACCUUACAACUACAAGGUCUGGGCUGUCCCCACCACAAAGAUGCAAUGCCAGUGGCUCGGCGAGCGAGUUGCUGCCCCCGAUGUCAAGACCGUCACCAAGAACAUCAUCCUGAACAAGGUUGCCGGUAACUGGGGUCCCAAUGCCACUUUCCGAUUCCCCGCUCGGGACGGUACCGGUGGUAUCUGGAUCGCCGUCGCAGACACUCUCCCUAACGAGAAGAAGCGCUUCGGCAAGCAGGGUACGGUUACCAAGGUUGACGCCGAGAACAAGACCGUCACCAUGGCCGACGGCACCACCAUUGGCUACGGCAAGCUGGUCAACACCAUGGCUGUCGACCACCUCGUCGAGAAGAUGGGCAACCAGGAGCUCGUUACCCUGUCCAAGGGCCUCUACUACUCUACCACCCACGUCAUUGGUGUCGGUAUCCGCGGCGAGCGCCCCGAGCGCAUCGGCGACAAGUGCUGGCUGUACUUCCCCGAGGACAACUGCCCCUUCUACCGUGCCACCAUCUUCUCCAACUACUCCCCCUACAACCAGCCCCAGAAGGAGGCCAAGCUGCCAACCCUGUACCUCGCCAAUGGCGACAAGGCUGCUUCGUCUGAGGCCAAGGAGGGCCCCUACUGGUCCAUCAUGUUGGAGGUGUCACAGUCUACCAUGAAGCCCGUGGAUGUGGACAACCUCCUCAAGGACUGCAUCCAGGGUCUCAUCAACACCGAGAUGCUCAAGCCCGAGGACGAGAUUGUCUCCACCUACCACCGUGCCUUUGACCACGGAUACCCCACUCCUACCCUGGAGCGUGAGGGCGUCUUGAAGGAGCUCCUGCCCAAGCUCCAGGAUCUCGGCAUCUACUCUCGAGGCCGCUUCGGCAGCUGGAGAUACGAGGUCGGCAACCAGGACCACUCCUUCAUGCUGGGUGUUGAGGCUGUCGACCACAUCACCAGCGGAGCGGUUGAGCUGACCCUCAACUACCCCGACUUUGUCAACGGCCGACAGAACGGCGAGAAGCGUCUGGCCCAGGCCUUUAGCUACGGCGCCCAGCCUCUGCCCACACGGGAGAGGAACUAAGCGUUUCAGGCUUUCUAAUGAAAUUAAAUAAAACUUGGGGCGCGUGUGCGCUGUAAUUUGACUUGUGCGUAUGAGGAAGCAACCAUCAGAGUGGAUCUUAGCUAUGGCUUGCGAUGGAUGGGAUUCUUAGGAUCUGGAAAUUCAUGAAAUGGCUCGAACAAUUCGAACGCCUAGGGUUGUCUAUGGGCAGUCAGGCAUAGCAUAGAUUCUCUCACUACUUAAUAGUGAGGCGUAGUUACGAUAGAAAUAGAGAGAGCGGACCAGCUCUUUUGACAAUAAAUGAAACUUUUGUUAAUUGC